CAUGAGAACGUGGGGACACACUUUAGCCCCUGAGGCCUGCACGUGCUCUCACACAGCUGCUGGCCGCUGUAUGGGUCCGAGCUGCUCCUGGACACGGGCUGGUGAUCAUGCUGUGCUGCCUGGGGCACUGCCACCUCUCCCCCUGCGGCUGAUGCCGGGACAAGUUCCAGACUGGGAGGGGCCUGUCUCCUGGCCCAGUGUGCCGCCUCGGUUUACCCCUGUGCUCUGUGCGCCUUUUGCUGAGGGGUGAGAAUGGCAUGAAUGUGGCCCCUCCACUUCACCUGAGGGGUCUGCCCUGUGCAGGGAGAGUGGUACCCAGAAGGAGCAAGCCGUGUGGAGGGGUCCUCAGACCCCUCCCAAUGAGACAGGUGUGCAGGGUGGGUGCAGACCAGAUGGCUGGGAAACUUGGCCUGAUCCUGCUGGGGGUGCAUUUUUUCAGUCUCUUUGUGAGAGGGCUGAGCCAGACAUGUAUGGGUGCAGAGGAGGGGCCCUCCGCGCCCUUCCUCCGCAGCCCUUACUUAUAGCCACAUCCUGCAAGGAAAAACCCAGACUCCGGCAUCGCCCGUCCGUGAGCCGAGGAUGUGCGUGGGGGCUCAGCCGCCCAGGGCGUCCUAUGCAUCUCUCCUGUUCCUGGGGCUUGUGCUGGGCUCCACGGCCCAGCAGAACUGUGCCGGGGACACCUACCGCAGCGGCAACAAGUGCUGUCACGAGUGCCAGCCAGGUUACUGGAUGGAGAGCCGCUGCACGCAGGACCAUGAUACCAUCUGCAUCCCGUGCAAGGAUGGCUUCUACAAUGAGGGCGUGAACUACGACGAGGCCUGCAAGCCGUGCACCCAGUGCAACCAGAGAAGUGGGAGCGAAAUCAAGUGGAAAUGCAGUGCCACGCGGGACACAGUCUGCCACUGCAGGCCGGGCACCCAGCCCCAGGGCGGCAGCUACAAGCACGGAGUCGACUGCGCUCCGUGCCCACAAGGGCACUUCUCCCCCGGUAACAACCAGGCCUGCAAACCCUGGACCAACUGCACCUUGGCAGGAAAACGCACACUGAAAGCGGCCACCAACAGCUCAGACGCUCUCUGUGAGAACAGGCGCCCGCCUGCCACUCUGCCCUCGGAGACACGGGGCCCCCCAGCCCGGCCCCCCACGCCCCAGCCCACCACCGCCUGGCCCAGGACCUCACAGGCGCCCUCGACACCCCCCACAGAGCCCCCCAAGGGCCCCGAGCUGGCUGCCAUCCUGGGCCUGGGCCUGGGCCUGGGGCUGCUUGGCCCCGUGGCGGCCGCACUGAUCCUGCUCCUGCACUGCAAGGUCUGCAGGCUGCUGCCCACUGCCACCAAGUCCCCCGGUGAGUGCCUGCUGUCCCCAGCCGCUCCCUGCCCAAGAGCCAAGGCCCCGCUUCCCUCCCACCACUCGCUCUUUCCUCCUCCCCAGGGGGAGACAGCUUCCGGACCCCCAUCCAAGAGGAGCACGCUGACGCCCACUGCACCCUGGCCAAGAUCUGAGCGGUGUCGCUGGGAUGGGAGGGUAGUGGGGGUGCCCCCAGGUGCAGACGCUGCACCCUGUCACCCCAUUGCCCUGUCACCCGCCCUGCACCGUUGUAGGUGCUCCUGGGCUGGCACCUUGGGCUCAGCUAUGUAUGCUGUGCAUACUCCCCACCCAGGGUGGUACCCCCAAUAAACUGUG